AUGGCGCUAAAGGACGACGAGAUUCUACGUGUGUUGAAGAAGAGGAAAAACCAUUCAGCACCUGGCCCAAAUGGUCUGUCGUACGCAGUACUCAAGCAGCUAAAUCCGGAAAUGCAGGCGAAAAUCUGCGAAAUGCUUAGCAGAGUAUUUGUGACUGAGGAGAUACCGGAAUCAUGGAGAAUCACCGAGGUAAGGCCAAUCCCGAAGAAAAGUAGUGGUACGGAUCAAAUGAACAAUAUGCGACCCAUUGCCCUGAUGAACAUCGAGAUAAAGCUGAUAAACGCCGUAGUAAAAGACAGGCUCGACGAUAUAACGAUAAUACAGCGUUUGAUACCUGAAUUAUCGUUCGGCUUCAGAAAACACGUAUCUGCUUCCACCUGUGUCAAUUAUGUGGUCAACUCCAUCCAUAAUGCUAAAGAGGCGAAAAAGGAAGUCUUCGUCAUUUUCCUAGACAUCAGCAAAGCUUAUGACUCAGUUAAAACAGAAGUACUUCUGGGAAAACUGGCAAAUGCUAAUAUACCGAAAAAAAUAGUCUCUUGGAUCCACCAAUACCUACGAAGUCGGCGGGUGCAAUUAAAGACGGAGGGAAGUACGAUUGAGAUAGAGGUUUCCGAAGGACUACCGCAAGGUUGUCCUCUAUCCCCCUUGCUUUUCAACCUGUAUACUGCGUCAUUGCACGAGCUCUCAACGGAGGACGUUGAGCUAGUGCAGUUCGCCGACGACUUUGCGGCAAUAGUGACCGCAAACACAGUCGAGGAAGCCGGUGAACGGUGUAACGCUUUCUUAGCCGAAAUACAUGCCAGUUUGACAGCACUGAACCUGAGGGUAAGUCCACAAAAAUCUGCAAUAAUCCCUUUCACCAGGAAACGCACUGACCAUGUGAGAAUUAGGCUACAUGGCGAACGGAUAGAACUUGCCAACACACAUCCAUAUUUGGGUUACGUUUUGGACAGAAAUCUGGCACACAGGAAGCAUAUCGAAUCGGUUACAGACAAAGCAGGGAAGAAGCUCGGACUGAUGAAAAUGCUGUCCAGGAGAUCCAGUGGAGCAAGUCCGGAAACUCUUCUGAAGAUAGGUAACGCAUUGAUCCGAAGUCGCAUGGAGUAUGGGGCCUCCAUAUUUGGAAACGCAGCAGCAACGAACCUGAAUAAGCUUCAAGUUCUUCAGAACGCAUAUAUACGCAGCGCGAUGAAUUACCUCAACAGUACCCCUGUGCACGUGAUGCUAGCCGAAUCAGGACAAAUCCCCAUGGAACAGCGGAUUGACUCGCUAAACAAAAGAGAACUCAUUAGAGCCACGUGGUACAAAACACCUCUAUCGAAGUUCAUAAACAGUACGCUGAACAGAGAAAUGGGUAACGAGUCGCAUCUCACGGAGACAACCGAUAAGAACAUCGAUCUACUAUACCAAGUUCAUCCUGCCGGUCGGGAGAUACCCUUUCUGAUGAGAAUGAGAUAUUUCAUGACGAUAGAUUUCCACAGGAUUGUAAAAACAAUUCUGUCUGAGGACCAGCCGAAAAAGGAAACUGCAAACUCAAUUGUGUGGCAAACACUCUUCAGGGAAGCAAUGGAAACAAAAUACAAACACCACAAUAAACUAUAUACGGACGCCUCUAAAACGACCACGGGUACGGCUUUUGCCGUAUUUGACGAAACGGAUUCGCAUGUUAUCAGCGAGGGGAUAAAUAAUAAUUUUUCCAUAACAAACGCUGAGCUUUUAGGCAUUCUAAAAGCGGUGGAGCUAGCUAAAAACAGGGGGUACAAAAAGACGGUUAUUCUCACGGACUCGAGAAGCGCAUGUGAAAUGCUGCUCAACGCUAGUACCUUUGAAGAAAAUUAUCUGCUUGCGGAAAUCUACAAGGAGUUCUACGACAUGAAAGGAAGAUCAGUUCAAAUCCAGUGGAUUCCAAGCCACAAGGGAAUAGAUGGCAACGAAAAGGUGGAUCAAGAAGCGGUAAAUAAAACAAGAGAACGUCAAACAUUCUUCAAUGGGAUCACCAUGAGUGACGCAAUCAUCCUUAGCAACAACGAAGUCUGGGACAGCUGGACUAAAAAGUACAAAAAGCUUUCCGAUGACAAGGGCAAAUGGCACUUCCAAAUACUAGAAAAGCCAUGCAGGAGGAUUUGGAACAAAAACAUGACAUUGAAUUCGGAGGAAGUCAAAAUCAUUAGCAGAAUCAGAACCGGUCAUUGCUUAACCAAGGAUAGAAAAGCCAAAUGGAAAUGGGAAGAUGACGAACUGUGCGAAUGGUGUGAAACAACCGAGGACCUACACCAUAUACUAUACGACUGCCCACGGUACAACCAGAGCAGAGUUGAAUACCCAUCACUAGAGUAUAUGAAACCACUCGAAACUAUACUAUCAGAAAAAUGUGAAGAAGAGAUGAAACAAAUAGUAAAAUUCCUGAAAGAAAAUAAGAUUCACAUUUAA